CCCUGAGAGAGAGAAGGCGUGUGGCCGACGGGGGCGCGCACGCUGCUGUCAGUCGGAAAUGCAUUAGUGACUGUGCCGCUAUUGAAUUAAAACAAAAAAAAAACAAAACGAGAAGGGGUGUGCUGUCUGUGCAUCGUGCGAUACAUCCUGGAAAAAAAAAAACAUUAAAAAAAAAAUAAUAUCUAUCUAUCUAUUAAUCAUAUUGUUAUCAAAAAUAAAACUGCAGCCGAGAGAGAGGACAACGAUGCUGCUGGAAGAAGAACCAGAGGACACCCUGUAACGAAGCGCCCUCCCCUUCCACCACCCCGCAGGAUUGAACGGGAACAGCGGGGGAGAGAAGGAGGAAAGAGAGGGAGAGAGGAAAAAACACACACCCGAGAACCGGCGGCAGCGAGGGAGGCAGCCGGCCGGCUCGGGGUGCGUCGAUCCCGGCGGUCGCGGGUAGGCGAGGCCGGGGGCUCUCUGCGGCCUAGGGAAGUUCCUUUGAGCCGGGCGGCGGAUUAAGAGGAUCCGAAACUGCGGGGUUUUUUUUUUUUUUUUUUUAGUGUGCUAGCAAUCAGGUUAUACUGGUUAAAAAACGUAUAUAUAAAACACAAAAGCGUUAUUAUUACCGCGCCGUGCGAGUCGGGUUGACAGACAGACAGACAGACAGACAGACUGGCGCAUUGCAACAAUAAAUAACAGCAGAAAAUCGCGAUUAAAAAAAAAAAAACGAAAAACGAGCCAAAUUCACAAAGAGAUCGGGUGCGUUGCCGCCUGUGCUUCAUAAUACUGCCAGCUAGAUAAAGUAAAAAUUAAUAAAUAAAUGCCAUAUAUUUUGAUGGGAAAGGGUUAAUAUUAGGUGUCACGUUUUACCGAUGCCGAAAAAACGACAGCUAGCUAAACGCGGCGGGUAGAUGUGUCAAAUAUUAUUAAUAUCAAUAAAGUACAAAUCGAUAUUUAAUAAUAAUAAGUUAUGGGGAAACGUGUAAUGUAUUUACAAUUUGAAUUUGUCGGUUCUGUUGAUCGUUAAAUGCGAUAUUACUGUAUGUGGUUUGUAUAGCUAUAAGCGGGAUCUGUAAAAAGGUGAUAUUUGUUUUAAUGUCGUUCCUAUUCAUUUAGAUGCGACGCUAGCCUAAUCUCUUAGACCUGUUAACGCGGCAGACAGCGUUGUGUUAUUAUCGCUAGCAGCGGUAGUGGAUAGAGCCAUAAAUAAACUUGGCGUGCCGCUAUGGCUGAGAUUUUCACCGCGAGUCCUGUUGCCACGCAACCAGCCGGUUCUGGGCCAGCUUUAACCGGACCCAGCAGCACCCGGACCCCUCCGCCUUUACCCACGGGACCCAAACCCAGCCUGGCGUCUCUGAGCCCGACCAAACAGCAGCCGGCAAACCAAAACAGCCGCCCGCCCCAGCAACCCGCCGUGGCACCUAAAUCAACGCUGUACAGCAGCCCGGCGUUGCUUGCGGGCCAGCCACCGAGAGACGAGGAGGGGAGACCGCUAACUGCAGCGGCCGACGCUGCCUGCGCUGAACCUGGGGCUGAGAAAGGCUCGGAGGGGGGCAAGCAACCGCGAAACGGACAGCCGGCCUUGGAGCAAGAGCCGGAACCGGUCGUGCCCGAGCCCCGUUUCCCCCCACCGUCUCUCCGCCUGGACCCGGCUCUCGGUUCGGUUACCAGCUUGCUGGGGCCGGCAGCCAACAAGCCCCCCUCGCUCUCCGCCUCGGUGUCGCUUCUUCCCGGGUGCGUGGGUGGGAGGAAGCCGGUGGCAGCGGACUCGAUGAGCUGCCAGCUGGACUCGGUCAGCAUGAUUUCCGGGACCCAGGAGUCGCUGGCGGGCUUCGGCCUGGGGGACGACGCCAGUUCCAUGGGGUCCGACUCCGAGAUCAACGGCAUGACUUUCAGAAAGACUGACAAGUACGGCUUCCUGGGAGGGACGCAUCUAGAAGCUGGGGAGAGGGAGUUGAAGGUGGACGUGGCGAGGCAGAGGGAGUUGAAAUGGCUUGACAUGUUCAGUCAUUGGGAUAAAUGGGUCUCUCGUCGACUCCCGAAGGUGAAGCUGAGAUGUAGAAAGGGCAUUCCUUCCUCUCUCCGUGCGAAAGCGUGGCAGCUGCUGUCGAACAGCAAGGAGCUGAUGGAUGAAAAUCCUGGAAAAUUCGAGGAGCUGGAGCGAGACCCUGGGGACCCAAAAUGGCUGGAUAUAAUCGAGAAGGACCUACAUCGGCAGUUUCCCUUCCACGAGAUGUUUGCAGCGAGAGGAGGUCAUGGCCAACAGGACUUGUAUCGCAUCCUCAAAGCCUACACUGUGUACAGACCUGAGGAAGGGUAUUGCCAAGCACAGGCUCCAGUCGCUGCUGUGUUACUAAUGCAUAUGCCUGCAGAGCAAGCUUUCUGGUGCCUGGUGCAGGUCUGUGAGAAAUAUCUUCCAGGAUAUUACAGCGCUGGAUUGGAAGCGAUCCAGCUGGACGGCGAGAUUUUCUUCUCCCUGCUCAAGAAGGUCUCUCCCAUGGCUUACCGGCACCUGCACAAGUUCAAGAUCGACCCCAUUCUCUAUAUGACAGAGUGGUUCAUGUGUGUGUUCUCCAGGACCCUGCCCUGGGCCUGCGUGCUCAGAGUCUGGGACAUGUUCUUCUGCGAGGGGGUAAAGAUUAUCUUCCGCGUGGGGCUGGUGCUGCUGCGUCAGAUCCUGGGGUCUGUGGACAAGCUGAGAGACUGUCAGGGCAUGUACGAGACCAUGGAGAAGCUGAGGAGCAUCCCGCCAGAAUACAUGAGGGAGGAGACACUGGUGCACGAGGUCAUCUCUCUCCCCGUCACAGAGUCCCUGAUUGAGCGCGAGAACGCCAUCCAGCUGAAGAAGUGGCGCCAGUCGCGAGGGGAGCUUCAGCACAAGCACAGCCGCAGACUCCACGGGACCCGCGCCAUCCAGGAGGAGCGGCAGCGAGGGGUGGGGACCGGGGGUGGAGGCGGGCUCCUGAGGGCCAGCGCCAGCCUGCUGAGCCUGCCUGGGCUGCGCCGCUCCAAGGAAGACCGUCCAAAGCAGCCACCUCUGUUGCUGCAGAGAGGAAUGGUCUCCCCUUCUCACUCCGUCAGCAGCCUGGUGGUUUCGUCCUCCACUUCCUCUGCCACCAAGCUUCUCCCCGCGCCCCCCCAGGCUUCUGAAAAGCCACCCCCUAGCCCCCAGGUGGUCUCCGAAGGGCUGAGACCCUCCCUGCCCUCUCCGACAGCUAACAACUCCCCACUGGCCACCGGCAGCCCCACUCCUGCCCUCCCUUCUGCCAAGAAAGCCAAGGAGGAACGCAAGAGAGAGAAAGAGAAGGAGAAGCAGCAGAAAGAGAGGGAGAAGCAGCAGAAAGAAAGGGAGAAAGAGAAGGAGAAGCAGCAGAAAGAGAGGGAGAGGCUGGAUAAGGAGAGGGAGAAGAGGCAGGCGAAGGAGAGGGCCAGGGAGGAGGCCAAAGAGAAGAGGAAGCAAGGGAAGAGAAAGGAGGGGAAGGAAGAAGUCUCAAGUCCUCCUCCUCCUCCUCUCCUCCCCCUACCGAAGGGCGGGGAGAAGAUAGAGAAUGGAGCCCAAGCCCAAGCGGGAGGCUCCAAGGAUGGUCCAGAGAAAGGACCCCAAGCCGCCACAGCUGAUCCUCCUUCCGAAGGAUCCCCGGCUGCGAGCAGCGCGGGCGCGUUGGAGGACACCUAUGUCUGA